AUGCGGCGCGCAAGUGCAAGGUAUGCAUUCACACUGCACCUCGUCUUCGAUGUAGGUCAGUGUAGACUGAUUUUGAAUAUUAAAGGCGCGUGUUUAAAUGUGUUGUCACAGGAAGAUAAUAGAGGCGGCAGGAGACGUUGUCUAACUAAAACUUACAACGUCGAUGAGCUGGCUGAGUUUAAGUUUGAUGCAGACUCGCAGCACAUCUGUGGUGUUGACGACGGGCCGAACAAGUUUGUUGUAGUUGGAGAGGAGGUCAUCGUAGAGCCGUUUCGCGUCGGGAUUGCCGGCGGUGGCGGCGCGGAGCAGGCAGCAGGCCGCCAGCCACCACACGAGCGCGGCCAUCAGCUCACGGGCUUGGCCAUCGUUACGUAA